AUGUCGUCUUCCAGCAGCAAGCCGAGGCCCAAGCCUUGGGAAUCACAUCCACCGCUGGAUGCUGAUACGGGAAAUUCAGUCCUUGUAAGCCCAAAUUCAGGCCACGAAAACAAUGAAAACCACACAACGAAUCAGGAAAAGCCAGAAUUACCUAGCAAACCUAGUGUGCUAGCAUCGGAUAAUUUAGGUUCUAACACCAGCUACGCGCGGAAUACGUACAACGGAAUGGGGUCUAUGUACGGUGGUAACUCGCUGUACGGCAAUCCUUAUGGGAACUCACUCUAUGGAGGCGGAAUGGGAUCUAUGUAUGGUGGAUAUGGCUCCAUGCACAAUGGAUACAGUUCCAUGUAUGGGGGGUAUGGCUCUCCUUACGGAGGCAUGUAUGGUAUGAACCAGCAGGGAGGGCCACAAGGAUUAGCGGAGUCCACACAAGCAACUUUCCAGCUUAUUGAGAGUCUUAUCGGAGCAGUUGCUGGAUUUGCUCAAAUGCUAGAAGCUACCUACAUGGCUACACAUAAUUCAUUUUUUACUAUGAUCUCGGUGGCAGAGCAAUUUUCAUAUUUGAAAGAGAUGCUAGGGUCAUUUUUUGGUAUAUUCGCUGUCUUAAAGGUGAUGAAGAGGCUUCUUUAUAAGGUAACUAAUGGCAGAAUUGGCAGCCCACCUAGGAAAGUUUUGAAAGAAGGAUCUAGUAACAAACUUGUGCAAGAAUUUGAGAAAUUGCACGAAAAUGACGGAAAACCCCGCUCUAAGAAGCGUAUUUCUUGGAAGCCGUUACUCAUCUUUUUGGCGGCUGUCUUUGGAUUCCCUUUUCUACUGAAUAAGUUCAUCUCCAAGCUUGCCCAGAUACAACAACGUAAAAUGGGAGGAACCAUGCAGCAACAGGUUGGACCACUUGAUCCGCGCAACCUGGAGUUCGCUAGGGCAGUUUACGAUUUCACACCCGAGAACCCACAAAUCGAAGUGACCUUGAAAAAGGGCGACCUCAUGGCCAUUAUUUCGAAGCGCGACCCCAUGGGCAAUGAGUCGCAAUGGUGGAAAGUCCGCACAAAAAAGGGCGACAUGGGUUAUGUCCCAAGCAAUUACAUCGAGCUGAUCAAGAGGCACAAGAAAAUCGAGAGCGUCGAAGAGCCCGCGGCGGCGCAGGAACCUGCGAAUGCACAGUAG